AUGACAUCACCCAUAGGCUUCCUAUCGCCCUUGCCCCUGGAGGGAGGACGCUUUCGACGAGAUGAUGACUUUUCCUCUCCUCCCUCCAGGGACGCAACGCCUCACAAUACCCAAGAAAGCCCCAUGGAAAGAACAAUUAUUUCGCAAGAUCUAGCCCCAGUUCAGACGCGAGACGGCCUGUCAUCCACUCUCCAAGGCCCUCAGGUACCUCAACGACGCUUGGUGCUGCCUGACCCUUUGGCUUGCCGGUUCAUUGAAGAAGACCCGUGCGUAUCUGUUAUCGAACAACGAUGCAUUCUUGGUGGCUAUGAGUUAUACGUGGUUGAACAGUGGGCAUGCUCCCGCCAAUCACCGACCGUAGUCAUCACAACCUACACUGGAGACGAGAAACACUGUAUAGUAGUUGGCAUUGUCUCCAUCCCAGAAGAUCAAAAUCUUUGGUCUCCUAGGCUACGCUUAUACUUCAAAGCCGCCAAUCAACACAAUUCGCGCCCCAAGGAGACGGGCCUGGGAGAGUUGAUGAUUACGAACUUGAGCAGCUUCCCCUCAGCUCUCACCGUAAUUCCGGUCCCGGAUGGAGACGUGCGGAAGCAUCGUCAAGUCUUCUUUGUAAACGAAAAUCUCAAACGAUUGGGGUGCUCAGGCCGCUCCGGUUUGGCACUGACAGACCCAACUGAAGCAACACAGGCCAAGUUUCACCAGCUCUACAAGACAAGCGACCGUAUUCCUAUUCUACAGUCUGUCGUCGAACUCAUCAAGCUAUGUCAGAUUGCGCUGUACAUGUUUGAGAAGCUGGACCACCAAUACAUUGACGGGUUACUAUGCGAUGCUACGGAGAAAGCAAUCAACAACUGGUGGACAGAAGUUGGUGCCGAGCACUACAACUUUGAGCCUACUGACGGAAUCCUUGGUCCCUGUACCGUAUCAGCAUUACUGGGCAUGUUGAUGGGGGCAAGGAAUCGACUGCACUGGUACGGCGCACCAGUUUCCAAGGAUGUAUUCGAGAUUGAGUGCACAAAGAGAGGCGUGGCUUACUUUCAGAAGCAACAAAAAUUGGAAAAAACACGCCGCCUUGACCGACAAACAGUGUUCCGUUUGCAUACAGCGACUGCCAAAGGUGCCGCUGCUGAGGGAUGGGGAGUGCAGAAAGCGGUCAAAUCUACCGUAACUGAAAUUGGAGGCAAGAGGGGUGAACUUGUCAUAGACAUGGUCUCGGGCAAAGACAAGGGUGGUCUGGCGGACAUCGAAACGGUGGACAUUGACAGAUUCGUCAGCUUGGUCUAUGGAGAUCGACCAAGAUGGCUUUGGCAUGGCAAGACUCGAAGGUCUGUCGCUGAUUCCUUUGGUAGCGGCGAUCCAGAGCUCGGCAGCAUGUUUUCUUCUGGGAAAAGUGAGGCUUCUGAUGCUAUGCCAAAGCGGACACACGCUUUGCUGCUCGACGAGGAGUUGGGGGGUCGGCGUAAAGAAGACAAUAGUGCAGCGUCUUAUCCCACCUAUUCACCCAGCUCCGUCAGCAACAUUGCAGAUGCGUCAGGCGAGAGAGAUACUCUCCGCAGGGGAGUCUUUAAAAGCGUGGCGGAUAAAAUGAGCGAUGCCCGCUCUGGUCUUGGUCGCAUAAAAGACGCCGUGGGUGGCAACCGAAAAGGCCAUGCAAGCAAGUUGUCCGUGUCUGCAAAAGAAGAUUUCUCAGAUGGAGGAAACGGAAGCGCCUUGCUGCCGUCAGCUUCACAAACCUCGGUCACGACACCUAAUCCCCCUAUUGCCCGCGCAUUCACUUGGAAGAACAAACCAGAGGAGUAUCUUGCAGCCAUCAGGCGAGGUGAUGACGUGCUGCCCAGUCAGAAUGAUGAUGCGCAAUACCCAGGAACAUCAGCAAGGGAUGUAAAACCUGACGAGAAGUCUGGUGACGAGCUCUUGGCCGCCGGGGAGUCGGACAACAACCUUAGUCGCAUCGGUUCCGAGAUUCGCAAAGGCGUCAGUCACAAGGGAUUUUCACCCGCACCGUCUGUUAAGGACGACAAUAAUCUCCGAGGACCUUUGUUAGAGAAGGAACAAAAGCCGUGCCGCAAGCAAAUUUCCGUUGCAAGGCGUCGCAGUUGCGGAAUUGCUGACCUGACCACGAAGCACAUCACAAAUGAGAGCCGUUGGCCGCGCCGGAUGUCCUUCAGUGACGCGGAAGAGGCCAUUUUAACAUGGGAGGAAGUCAUUGACUUGACUGAGACGAUGGACUACCUCACUUGCGUCGAAGCUCAUGCAGAAGCCGCCAGUCAUCUGAAUCAUCUUAUUGAAGAAAUUGUUAGCGAUGUCGGGCCCUGGGUCGAGGACAAGAUUAGAGCAGUAGAGUUCCUCAACGAGCGAUACGGUCAGGACAAAACUGAGCUACAACGCAUAUAUCAUCGGCUCAACGAGGCCUGUCAACGAAUUCACUACAACUCGGACGAGCUCCUAAGUGAGCAGCGCGAAAAUCUCACCGAAAGCGUCAAGGAAAUUGAAGUGCUCCUGGCGCGUCUGGAAUACGAAAUCAACGGCCUGUCCCAAAAAGUUGCCGAUGUUGAAGACAGCAUUCAGAAUUUUGAGCGGCAAGUAGAUGACGUGGAGAGUAGAGCAGCAGAGUUGAAGGCGACGCUUGAGACAGAAAGCUGGCCUCACUGGUUUGUUCGCACACUUACGGGGAUAGGGACUGGACCCAACAUCACACGGGAGCCGUAA